AUGUCGAGGCCACUUCAUCGAGGUUCAUCUGGGGGAGGCGUGCGAAUCUUGAGAAACAGUAAUGAUUUCUGGGAUGACUCGCAGAUGAAAGAAAAAACAGAGAAGGAAGAUGUGGAUCGAAGUCGUACGAAUGGUCCUCAUAAUACAUAUUUAUCUAUCAGAUUCCCUUUUAGGUUUCUCUUCCUGGAUAGUUUGUCUUCAAAACACAGUUUGAGUGACAAUGGUUUCGUAUCUGAUCCCAUCAGCCCUGGUAAUCUAAGGAAUCGGCAUAAAUUGUCACUUGCUUUACUCAAAUUCAGUUUAAUAGUUAUUGUAAUUCUUGCUCUGGCCGGAUCCUUUUGGUGGACGAUUUCCAUAUCAUCGUCAUCCAGAGGUCAAAUAUCUCGUGGAUAUAGGCGGCUUCAAGAGCAACUGGUUUCAGAGUUGCAUGAGAUCAGUGAGCUCUCUCAGGGUUCCUUGAGGUUGAGAGAAUUGGAAUACUGUUCUCAAGAGUCAGAAAACUUUGUACCAUGCUUCAAUGUUUCAGAAAAUCUUGCUUCUGGCUUUUCUGAGGGUGAAGAGUACAACCGCCAUUGUGCACAUGGGUCAAGCCAACAUUGCUUGGUUCUUCCUCCCAUGAAUUAUAAGAUUCCCCUUAGGUGGCCUAGUGGAAGAGAUGUCAUCUGGCUUGCCAACGUUAAUAUUACAGCACAGGAGGUGCUCUCCUCAGGAAGUUUGACCAAGAGGAUGAUGAUGUUAGAUGAAGACCAGAUCUCCUUUCGUUCAGGAUAUUCAACAUUUGAUGUCGAAGACUACACUCAUCAAAUUGCUGAAAUGAUUGGGCUAAGAAAUGAAUCCUACUUUAUACAAGCUGGAGUUCGAACUAUCUUGGAUAUAGAAUGUGGUUAUGGCAGUUUUGGGGCACGUCUGUUUUCAAACCAACUAUUGACCAUGUGUAUAGCAAACUAUGAGACUUCUGGCAGUCAGGUUCAACUCACUCUUGAAAGAGGGCUCCCAGCAAUGAUUGGCUCAUUUACUUCACAGCAAUUACCAUAUCCAUCCCUUUCUUUUGAUAUGGUACAUUGUGCUCGAUGCCGCGUUGACUGGGAUAAAAAAGAUGGCAUAUUUCUGGUUGAAGUUGAUCGGUUAUUGCGGCCUGGUGGAUAUUUUGUCUGGACUGAUCCACUUACAAAUUCUCAGCGCUCUCUCCGCAAUAAAGAAAACCUGAAAAAAUGGAAUAAAGUGCAUGGGUUUGCAGAAAAUCUCUGUUGGGAAAUGUUGCCACAACAAGAUGAAACUGUAGUGUGGAGGAAGACUAGUAAGAAGAAAUGUUAUUCAGCGAGGAAACCUGGUUCCGGCCCUUCUCUCUGCAGCAAAGGCCACGACAUUGAGUCCCCAUACUAUCGACCUCUUGAAGCAUGUAUUGCAGGCACUCAAAGUCGUCGAUGGAUUCCUAUUGAAGACAGGAAAAAAUGGCCUUCCCGGGCUAACUUGGAUUCAAAUGAACUUGCAAUUCAUGGUCUUCAUUCAGAAGCAUUUGCUGAGGAUACCAUUAACUGGAAGUCAGCAGUCCACAAUUAUUGGUCUCUGCUCUCACCUCUAAUAUUUUCUGAUCAUCCAAAGAGACCUGGCGAUGAGGAUCCUUCUCCACCUUUCAACAUGCUGAGAAAUGUCCUAGACAUGAAUGCUCACUUUGGCGGUUUCAAUGGGGCUUUAUUGGAAGCUGGAAAAUCUGUAUGGGUCAUGAACGUGGUUCCUACAAGGGGACAUAACAACCUGCCUUUAAUCCUCGACAGGGGAUUUAUAGGCGUGUUGCAUGACUGGUGUGAGCCAUUCCCGUCCUAUCCAAGAACAUAUGAUCUGGUGCAUGGUGAAGGACUUCUCUCUCUCGAAUUUGGUGAGCAGCCCAGAUGUCGCAUGCGAGAUAUAUUCACUGAGAUAGAUCGUUUACUUCGUCCAGAGGGGUGGGUGAUUCUAAGAGACAGUGCUGCUGUUAUCGAGUUCGCAAGAUCUCAGACAACAAUUCUGAAAUGGGAUGCACGAGUAGUAGAGAUUGAGGGCAAUAGCCACGAGAAACUCCUAAUCUGCCAGAAACCUUUCUUCAAAAGACAAGCUAGCUAA